CUCCACUGACUGCAACCCUGGCCUGAGUAUAGAUUUCUUUAUUUGCAAUACUUUCUUAUUCCACAAUGUCGGAGACUAUGAAACUCGCAGAAUACCUGUUCACACGCUUAGGUCAAUUAGGCGCUGGCGCCGUGCAUGGAGUGCCUGGUGACUUCAAUCUCGACUUGCUCGAUUAUGUCGAGCCUUCCGGUCUUCUCUGGGUUGGCAAUGCAAACGAACUGAACGCAGGAUAUGCCGCAGACGGCUACAGCAGGAUCCGAGGUAUCGGCGCGUUGGUGACGACCUUCGGAGUGGGCGAGCUAUCCGCCAUCAACGCCAUCGCAGGUGCUUAUGCUGAGCGCGCACCUGUUGUGCACAUUGUCGGGACGCCGAACCGAGCGACGCAGGACGGCAGAGUAACUGUCCAUCACACUUUCAAUGAUGGCAACUUUCGACGAUUCGGCCAGAUGCACGCGCAUGUCACCGUUGCUCAGACUAGUCUGAGGGAUCCCCUCACCGCGCCCCAGGAGAUCGAUCGCGUCCUGCAACAAUGUCUGAUACAUAGCCGACCUGUGUAUAUCGAAGUUCCUGUUGAUCUAGUCGGUGCACCUGUUCGAGCAGCAGGCCUCAAGACUCCAGUCGAACUUCCCGAGCCCAUCGAGACUUUGGCAGUGAGCGAAGCCAUUGAACAAGUACUCGCGAAGUUAUACGCAGCCAAGCGACCCAUCAUUCUGUUCGAUGGUGAAUGCAGAGCGCUCAACAUCUCUAAGGAUGUUCGGUCGAUUGCCGAAACUACCAAAGUGCCUACAUGGACAACAGCCUACGGUCGAGGAUUGAUUGACGAGAGCCUGCCCAAUUUCCAAGGGAUAUACAAGGGCGCCUUCGACUCAGAAUCGAUUCAGAGCUUUUUCAACGGAGCAGAUCUGGUCUUGGUCUUCGGCCCUCAUUUUAGCACGACAAAUUCCUAUGCUCUGUCUGCAAAGCCUCGACCGGAGAUUAGCAUCGUUUUCUCAGACACAGAGAUUGUCAUCGAUGGCAAAGUUCUACGCGACAUACCUGCUCGAUUAGCUACUUCCCAGUUCCUAUCUCAACUCGACGCAUCCAAGAUCGCACAAUACUCAGCAUCCGACGUGCAAAGUCUCACAUGGAAUACACAGCAGCUGAAAUCGUUCUCUGAUAUCGCAAAAGAUGAGGUCAUCUCCCACUCCAGCCUCUGGGACUUCUUCGCCCCCUUCAUCCGGUCUGGAGAUAUCGUCAUGGGCGAGACCGGCACGGCCGGCUAUGGCGUCCGCGAGAUGCGCACUCCACCCAAUGUCCGCAUCUUCGUGCCCGUGACCUGGCUCUCAAUCGGAUAUAUGCUUCCUGCUGCUCAAGGCGCCGCGCUGGCCCGGAGACAGAUGCUGGCGCAGCAGAAUGGUACUGCGAAUGGCGAGGAGAAGAGUGGCCGUACGAUACUUUUCAUUGGAGACGGUAGCUUGCAGAUGACGGUACAGGAAAUCUCGACUAUGAUUAAGCACAACCUCGACAUCAUCAUCGUGGUGCUGAACAAUGAUGGAUACACGAUUGAGAGGGCUAUUCACGGACUCAAGGAGUCGUACAACGACGUUGCGCCGUGGAACUAUUUAGGUGCGCCGGGAUUCUUUGGCGCAAAGGCUGGCGCGUUCACUGCACAGGCGAGGACGUGGGGUGAGCUUGAGAAGGUGUUGGCGAGUAAGGAACUGUCAGAUGGGACGGGGUUGAGGAUGGUGGAAUUGAUCAUGGAUCGUGAGGACGUGCCUAAAGGACCGCUGGCGGCGUUGAUGGGCAGGGAAAAGAAGCGCACGCAAGGGUUAGAACCGAAGCGUAUGGUGAUCCCAUAGUUCGUGAACCGGAGUCUGUAUUAUCGAGUAGAAUAUACAAACUGCAGAAGGUUUCAGUGGGCGGCCGGAAUCUGCCAUAGAUACACUCAGUAGUACUCUACAAAAGAAUCAUUCUUAAAGCAGUAUGCAAGUAGCAAUAUUAG